GCAGUGGGAAAUCAAACCAAACUUUAUUAAUCUUACCGCCCUCUAGUGGAAGCUUUUUACUUCCACUUGCGUGUUUCUCACUACAACAACAAAACCUUUAAGACGCAUUCUAAGCACAAAUAAACACCUAGAUUUCACAAAUAUGCCCGUAUAUGGGAAACUGAAGCUUAAAAACUUUAAAAUUCAGUACAAUAAUCAUCAUCGACUUUAUUAAAGACUCAAAUAUGUCCAUCUCAGGGGAAAAAUAAAUAAUAAUAGUAAUGUAUUGUUCCUUCUCUAUUUUAAAUGUUCCUAUUUUAUCCCCACUCUACAGAGCUGUCCUGUAUGUCAAAAUAUUAUUAUUUUGGGGGCUUUGGCUGUUGGUUAAUUAUUAAAUUGUCAAGCCAUUAGGAAAAAACAGGUGUAUUAUUUUUUAUCAAAUACAGUUUAAGGCAUUUCUAUUGUUUUCUUUUUUUAUUUGUUUGUUUUUGUCUAAAUAAAAUUGUUUAUCAGCCAAAUAUCAACGAAGUUCAGACGAGCUUUUUCUUGUGCUGCAUUUCUAGUGUUUAAUUUAAAUUCAAACACUUGAAUUCAAGUGUUUGAAUUAUAUACAAGGCCUUGAACCUCAAUACAAGAGCAAGUGGACAGUCAAAACCAUCCAGAACUUUAUCACAGACACAUCUGCUAUGUUCCUUGGUCUUUGUGAUGCAGUGUGUUUUCUAAGGUUCUUGAGUUAACCUCUGUAUGGUGGCUCAUAGGGGUCAACAAAAUGUAAAAGCCACAAUAAAAGUCACAACACAAAAAAGUUACGACAGAUUCAAAAGCCACAACUCAAAACCAAAUGCGCAACAGAACACCAAAGGUUACAACACUCCAAAGUCAAAGCACAGCAUCAAUAAAAACAACACCACACCAAAACCCACAACAAAACUAAAGGUACAUAAAACACCAAAAGCCACAACGCAUCAACAGAAUCCACUUUUCUACUUGUAACUUGUAAAAGUUGUUUCACUUUUCAUUAUGUGUAACUUUGUGUUGAUCUAUUACACAAUAAUAAAACAUUUUAGCACAAUGCAAUGGAAAUUGUGGAUGUGACAAAAAAUACUUUUGCAGGAUACGGUACAUCAAGAGAGAAUUGAGUUAAACUCCGAGGAGUUCAUCUCCAGUGACUUUCCAGAACAUAAAUAGUGAUGUCUGUGGCUGAGCUUCAUUAACGAUGCUCCUGUCCAACAUGACAGACUCUGCAGCAGCAGUAGUUCCUCUCUCUGUGGACUUCAGCAGACCUGAGCACUACUUCAUCUUCAUCUUCCAGAUUUUGUUCGCCACCACCACCGUCCUGGUUGCAGGGACGGUGGUGAUCGGGAUCUCGGCCACCAGAGCGCUCCGCCUUCAGAACCGCUUCAUUUUCAUGCUGAACACCAGCAUCUGUGACACUCUGGUGGGCUUCUCUGUGUAUUACCUGGGCCUGUUCGAUGUUCAGGAGGGCUAUCCGUCCAGAAACGGGACAUACAAUGUGUUGCCAUCACUUUUAGGGGUCAACAUCCUGACCUUUCUGUUUGCUCAGUUUGACAGGUAUUUUGCUGUAUGUUAUCCGUUUGUCUACAGCCGCUUCAUAACACGGCAGGUUGUGAUAGGAUUAAACGUCUAUUGCUGGCUGUACAAYGCURCWMACCUGSUGGYYAGGAACCUGCUGCCAGUCUCCAAAGCCAYRCAGCUGUAUGUGUUYRGWAUMRUCUUCUUUCAGCUGAUAGUGCUCACCAAAGUGGUCAUGACURUCAAACUUUAUGUUGUAGCCAAGUAUCAGCUGGAGAGGGAGCCCCCAGGUCCAGAGAGAGAGAGCAAGAGGGAGUCGCUGACGAUCAUUAUUUUUGUCGUGAUAAGCUUCCUGGUGUUGUGGUGCCCCUCUUUUGUGAAUAUUGCCGUAAAGUUUUUUACAGGAGGGGGGCUGACAUUCAGAAACGAAGCCACAAACCUUUUUGCGAUCCUGGCCCGUUUAAAUGCCGUUUCCACUCCAUCCGUUUACCUGUGGGGGAGCCCGGCCCUGCGGGAGGCCACGGUGAGGACGGUGUGGGGACGGCUGUGCCCCCGGUGCAGCAGGAGGUAA